AUGGGCCGGAAGAGCUCCGCCAUGACCUCUGGAGGUGAGCCGAGCCGCAGACAGCCCAGUUCCAGGCAGAGUAUGGACAGUAAAGAGCGCGCCCCUUCCGUGGGAGAGGCAGAAGCUGCAAGGGAUGGCGCACGAGGCUUUGAGGCCAGGAGGAAGCCGGCCCGCAGCUACCAGAGCAUCCACAAGCCUGAGGCUGCGGCUGCGGCUGAGCCAGCGGAAGCGGAAGUGGUGGCUGCGGACGUCUUGGAGUUGCCGGAGACGGAGGUCUCCCCGAGUCUCUCCACGCCGCGGCGGCGCUCCGCCCCGGCCGCCGCCAUCCCCUGCGCCGGGGUGCGGAGCCGCGCGGCGUGGAAGCGCGCGCUGGCGGCCGCGCAGGUGGCCCGGGACGCGCGCGAGGGAGCGGCCGAGGGAGCGGGAGCGGUGGCCACGCCGCCGCCCCGAGCGCGGGAGCGGCAAGACAGCACCACGGCCCUGAAGCGAAGGGAGAAGGACAAAGAGUGCAAAGACUUGAAAGAGUCCAAAGACUUGAAAGAGUCCAAAGACUUGAAAGAGUCCAAAGACUUGAAAGAGAGGGAGAAGGAGCGAGACACAAAGGACGCAGAGGCCCGGAAGGUCGCGGGACAAGAUGCUCGUUGCGAGCAAAGUCGGAGAGAACCGAGCCUGGAAUCCUGCAGAACUGCAGAGCGAGAGGCUGAGAUUGCACUGGAGCUGGGCAAGUUGCAGGCCUUGCAGGAGGAGCAAGAGAAGAAGCUUCAGCGAUUCUUGAGCCAAGAUCUCUCCAAGUCUGCCACACUGUCGGCUCAGCUUUCGACUGCGGGUGCCGUGAGAUUAAGCCAGCGAAGGUCUUCUGCCCCAGAGGCACGAAUCGAGGUGCCCAAGAUGGAGAGCCGAGAGGUAUCCUCGCCCUCUCGCAGUUUGAGGGCUGCGGCUGCCUCUGCCAGCGACCAUGCGGGCCUGGAGGGUCUGGAGAUGCCGAGUCUCUUCCAGCAGCUGCUGCAGGACGCGCGCUCCGGCAUGGGCUGGGAGGGCUGCAAGCGCAAGGCGUCGCCCCGGCGCAAAGGUCAACAGCCUCAACAGAGCCAGUCUGCAACACCUCGACAAAGAAGGCCCUUUGUCAGCGAGGCCUCUACUGCCUCCUCGCCGCUUGGCAAACCGUAA